AUGAUUGUGAAGGUGUUGAUGUUGUUGGUGUGUCUUCAAUUCGCCAACGUCGACUCGUGUAAUGUUCGACCUAGAAAAACAUGCGAAGCGGGAUGGACGAAAUUCGAUCGAGUAAUAGUUGAGUGGUGUUUCAUGUAUUAUAUUUAUCCAAAUAUGAACAAAACAACGGCUGAAAACAUUUGUGCUGGUUUAGGAGCUGAAAUAUCAUCCAUCGAUAACAUGGAAAUGAAGAAUUUGUUCAGCACGGUGAUGAGUAGUUAUUUAGAGAGUGUUGCUUGGGUUGGCAUAGCUUUAAAACCUGAAUGCAAUUGUGGAGCUGACAGUUGCUUGUACGUUCCUGGAUGUGGCUCUGGAGGAUACUAUUGGACCGAUAAAUAUACGUAUCCAAAUGACUUGCUUGAUUAUGUGAGUGGAGUCAAUGAAACUUCUACCGGCUCGAAUGUAGUACCAUUUGAUUCAGGAUUGCUUAUAUCUGGUGGUGAGUAGAAAACAAAAAAAUUCUAAAUAGAACCAUGACUACAUCAAAAAUAUUUUGUUUGUGUUUCUGAUACAACUUUCAAUUUGAAAUGAUUUGGUCGAUUUAGUAUAAUUAUAUGUUUAGAAUUUCAUGCGGUUUGGAGUACCGAUGCUAUAGAAGGUGGUGUAUUCUGUGGAAAAGAGGCGACUUAA